AUGCAGCCCAAGCCAUCCACUCGUGUCCGACCAUCCCACCUUCGACAGAACAAAAAACCACGGGUCCCUUAUGACCCGUUUGCCUAUGUUGUCUCUACAAGCUCUUCUGAUUUUGAGCCCACCACCUUUGCCAAUGCCAACAAAUCACCCCAGUGGCGAGCUGCCAUGGUUGAAGAAUAUGCUGCCCUCAUACGAAAUAACACCUGGUCUCUUGUUCCGUUAGUUCCCGAUACGAAUGUGGCUGACUGUAAAUGGGUGUACAAACUUAAAAAGGAUCAGAAUGGUAAGAUCAUUCAUUACAAAGCACGUUUAGUGGCCAAGGGGUUUAAGCAACAACAUGGUAUUGAUUACUAUGAAACAUUUAGUCCUGUUGUGAAAUCUACAACUAUUCGCACCGUUCUUUCUCUUGCUGUCACAUAG